AUGUCUCUAGUUACUCGUGACUCCUCACAAAAUGCGGCUUCCACUCAAAUGUGGCACGAUAACCCACCAAGACAAGAGUCGGCAAAGUCACCGAAAAAUGGGAUGCUAUGCGGACCAAGUUCGGUCAGUUUAGCGAGAGAUGCGUUUUUGGACAGGCAACAGCAACAGCAACAGCAACAGCAACAGCCAAAAAGCGACUCCCCAAAAAGUCAUGAGUAG